AUGGCGGAGUCUUAUGACUUCCUGGGUGAUAUUAAUACAAAGAAGCUUUGGUGGAGUUUCAAAGUUUAUAUCAUCAGGAUAUGGGAACUUCCAAGCAAAUUUAAUGAGAAAGAAGUGCAAAGCAUUGAGAUGAUCUUGCAAGAUAGUAAGGGAAAUAGGAUGAUUGCUUCAAUACCUAAGGCGCUGGUCCAAAAGUGGAGUGAUGUGAUUGCGGAGGUGGUUGGUAAGGAGGACCCAAGAGACUUGGUUACCACAAAGGGAAAAGAGACUAAACGGAUGGUAAUUGUUUUGGAAGACUUAGAGCACAACAAGAUUGACUGCAUUUUGUUUGGAAAGAUGGUUGAUCAAAUACUCCCACACCUUGAGGAUGGAACGGUGGAACCUGUGAUUGUUCUGCUACAAUUCUUCAAGGCUAUACAGUGGAAUGGAAAAACUUCUCUACAGAGCCACUUUGAAGUGUCAAAGAUUCACAUAAACUCACAGCUAAAAGAGAUUGAGACUUUUAAAAACAGGUUGCUUAGUGAUGCACCAGCAACUACUUCAGUUAGGAUUAGCCAGAUCUCAUCACAAAGCAGAUGGUCUACUGUUGAUGAACUAACACAAGGUGAUAUAGCAGUAAAGACUAUUGAACAAGUGCUUAACUGUGAAAAGGAAGGACCUACUUGGAUUACUGGAACCAUUGUUGCUAUUAAUGCUGGUAAAAAAGACUGGUAUUACAAAUCAUGUAGAAACUGCCCAAAGAAAGUGGAUACUCCCAUUGGGAAUAGAUAUGAGUGUGACAAGUGUGGCCACACCCAUGGAAGUGCUGCACUCAGAUUCAAGGUUGAAGUGAUGGUGUAUGAUGGUACUGGAAGCAUCAAUCUACUACUUUGGGAUAGAGAAAUGGCUGAGGGUGAUGAUGAGUAUCCACCCACUCUCAAUAACAUAAUGGACAGAAAAUUACUACUUAAGAUAAAUGUAAAGUCUGCAAAUAUAAAACAGUUUGACCAAAUUUAUACUGUGAUGAAAAUAUGUGAUGAUGAAGAGAUUAUUGAAAAGAACACGCAAAGUGUGCUAUCAGCUGAACCAUCCACUAACACCGAAGGUGGGUGUAGCAACUCGGUGCAUGUUUCAGCGGAUGUUAAUCUCAAGAAUGAUUGUGAUCCUGAGUAUAAUUUGUUAGCUACUAAGGCUGGAAAGCUUUGCAUAUUGUCUAUGUUUUGUAUUAGUGUUUUGGUAUUAAACGUAUUGCCUUGGAAUGUCAUCGCUGUUAAUUAUUACAUGAACAACUAA